AUGUAUGAUUCCUGCUAUACGUGCCGUCGACGGCGCAUUGAAUGUCAAAUGACCCAACCACCUUGCACGAAAUGCAAAAAGGCCGGAAUAGAGUGUUUCCAGAAGAGGCCGCUGAGAUGGGUCGAAGGGGCGGAGUUUCGGGGAAAGGCGAAGAAGCGCACAUCAGGAAAUGCUUCCUUGGUCGGAUCAGUAGCAGAGUCGGAUUCCGGGAUGACAUCAAGUACAUUAGUGUCAACGGGGGUUAAUGGUGGGACUCAAGCACCUCGGGGGUACUUGUCCACAAGACCAACAGAAUUCGGCGAAGGCGUCUCCAACCCUAUGUCGAGUAUACCAUCGAAUCCGGGUGAUCCAUCCUCUUCAAGCCUAAAUAGAGCCUCUCAAUACUAUCUAUACUAUUAUAGCAAAUGCAUAUGCAAACUUUUCAUCAUGUAUGACAGUAACAGAAACCCUCUUCGAAACUUGAUACCAGCUUCUUUAAACCAACCGGUUCUUCUGAACUCGAUCCUUGCUCUUUCUGCGCGCCAUAUGGAGAAUGCUGGUCAAUCGUUUCAGGCGAGAGUAUCAACAUCCCCAAAUGCACUUUGGUUCAAAUACAAAGCUAUUCGAGGACUUUCCCAGGCUCUUAAUGAUGCUUCAUUGUGCAGGCAAGAUACAACAGUUGCAAGUGCCUUUCUUUUGAUCUUCUUGGAUCUGCUGGAAUCUGGUAGUGACAAAUGGGAUGUUCAUCUGGAGGGUAUUAAGAGAUUAAUUGCUCAGGUCCAACCACCUUCAUCGACUGGAACUCAGCAGGACCUGGGCCAGACUGUUCAAGGACUACGUGACUUCAUUUCGAGACAGAUUUACUUAAUCGAUACUCUCGGAGCAACCUUCACACGUCCUAGGUUAUUGUCUGACUCGACUUCUUUGCAGCAGUCAUGGACACCUCUCCAACUGAGUGUCGACCAGUCCUAUCUCGGGUGUCCCGAGUAUCUAUUAGACGUCCUCCGAUCUUUCUCAGUCUAUCGCGAUAUCCUCACGAGCCCAGAGCCCAUCGACGAGAUUGUCUCUGACUCCUACAUCCAACAAGCUGGCAGUGUACUCGAAUCCACAAAAGAAUUUGACUGCUACGCUUGGGCAUCAAGCCUUCCGCAAUCAUAUUCUCAAGACACACAAAAGCUCUACACACUGGCGCAAUCAUACAAGAUCGGUUCUCUGAUAUACGGUCGACGUGUCUUUGAUGCUCUUGCGAACAAAACUACGUCCCGAGAUGACCUGGUUCGCGAAUUAAUCGGUACCAUUGACGCUUUAAAAGCCGACGAAGCCUUGUUCAAGUGCAUGCUCUGGCCCAUGUUUGUGGCUGGCCUCGAGGCUCAAGAAAAAACACAAAGAGACUUUGUAAUUGGCUCUCUUGAUAAGUUCUGGUUUGAGACUAAGUGCGUGAAUGUGGUAAAUGCGGGGAAUAUCUUGAGGAAGUUUUGGAAGCAGAACUGUCAAACGUCGUGGAUAUUCAAUAUAGGUCAAUUGGAACGUGAUUGGCUUCUUAUAUAA